AUGGCGAAACGAAAACGAUCCCAGAUCGACUUCGGAGACGAUGCCGCGAUUCAAAGAGAAUUCAGUCGCCCAGAUACCCCCGAGGAUGACCGAUCGAUUGACGAUUACACCGUCGGAUGGGUCUGUGCUUUGCAAGAAGAGUACGACAGCGCCUGCCGCAUGCUCGAUGAGGAGUUUGACGCUGUAGAAGUUGACGACGCAGACGACAACUCAUAUACCUUCGGUCGCAUUGGGCCCCACUAUGUCGUCGUUGGAUGUCUUCCGGCAGGUGUGUAUGGCACAAGUUCAGCAGCCCGGGUUGCUAGAGAUAUGGUGCGCAGCUUCCCUCGCCUACGGUUUGCCCUCCUGGUUGGCAUCGCCGGCGGAUUGCCGACUGCUGAAAACGACGUCCGGCUCGGGGAUGUCGUCGUUAGCAUGCCGCACGGUUCAUUCGGGGGCGUGGUGCAGUACGAUCUGGGGAAGCUCUUACCAGGUGGCUAUUUCCACCGCACUGGCUAUCUGAAUUCGCCUCCAGACAAGCUCCUGGGAGUGCUACCGGUGUUACGACGACGCUACAACGACCCAAAACAGCCGGAUAGGGUCGCUGAACAUAUACAUAGGAUGGAUGACAUGCCUGACUACCGCAAGCCUUUGACGGACUGUCUAUAUCAUGCCGACUAUCCUCAUCAGGGUGGACGGAACUGCUCAUUAUGUGAUCCCAAGUACCUGGUUCCCCGAGCCGAUCGCAGCGGUCGGUUGAUAACUGUUCACUAUGGGACAAUUGCGUCUGGGAACUCUCUGGUCAAAGACACCGCGAUGCGUGACGAGAUUGCAUGCUCAGAAAUGAAGCCUCUGUGUUUUGAGAUGGAGGCUGCGGGACUGAUGAACAGUCUUCCUUGUCUAGUGAUCCGUGGAAUCUGCGAUUACGCAGAUUCCCAUAAGAACGACAUCUUCCACAAAUACGCGGCGCUGGCAGCGGCAGCCUACGCCAGGGAACUGCUUCUCACGUUGAAGCAAAGCAAAGUUGUGGCAUUGCCAUCCUGGGUGGAAGACGUUCGAAUUUCUCUUUCGUGUAUUUCCAACGAUGUCGACAUCGUGAAGUCGAGUAUUUCCGAUGAAAGCCUCCGUCGGUGGCUCUCCCCAGUUGAUCCAUCCAGAAGUUUUAACACUGCAACGGACUCUCUAAUGCCGGGGACGGGGACCUGGCUUCUGAACAAGACGUCCUAUAGGGAAUGGAAAGACCAGCCCGGAUCAAUAUGGCUGCAUGGCCCACCCGGAAGUGGAAAGACUGUUCUGACCAGCUUGGUGAUUAACGACUGCUUGGGGAAACUGACGAACGCAUCUAAUGCAUUACUGUACUUUUACUUCGAUUUUGCGGACCCGGAAAAGCUUACACAAGAAGCGAUGCUGCGGUCGAUUCUCUGGCAACUCGCAAUUACCGAUCCAGCUGAUCGUUCGCCGUUAACUGAUCUGUAUAAAUCCUGCAGCAACGGGCAAAAGCAGCCAUCGCGGCAGCAGAUGCAUGAGGUCUUUCAGCAAAUGGCUGACAAAAAAAGUGACGUCUUCCUGGUCAUCGAUGCAAUCGAUGAGUGUAUAGACAGAGAGCAACUUCUAUGGUCCAUCAGAUACUUCACAGUUGGCACGAAGAUCGAUCUGCAUCUAUGUGUCUCGAGCAGGCGGGAGAAGGACAUCGAAGAGCGUCUCCAGGUAAUCGUUGGCCGCAAUGCCCGUAUCGGGCUCGAGAAGGAUCUGGUCAACAGGGAUAUUCAUCACUAUGUCCGCCAGAGGUUGGGCCUAGAUGAAGGGCUGGGUAGGUGGAAGAAAAGGGCAGAAAUCCAGAAAGACAUCGAGAGAACGAUAGUGCGGCAAGCAGACGGCAUGUUUCUUCUCGCAGCCUGUCAGCUUGAUUCCGUCCGCGAAUGUCUUGAUCUUCCGAUGCUGGGCCAAACCCUGGCAAGGCUACCAAAAACGCUGGAAGAUUACUACUCCAGAAUCCUCUCCGGGAUUAUUGGCAGGAACAGACUGUACGCUAUAAAGAUCCUUCAGUGGCUUGUAUAUGCGGUUCGGCCGGUCAAGCUUGAGGAGAUCAUCGAUGCUGUCGCAGUCCAGCUCGAAGGGGACCCGGUAUUCGACCCACAGAAUCGGCUGGUAGAUGCCCAGGACAUCCGGUCGAUUUGCUCAACCUUGAUCAAGAUCGAAGACUUCCAUGAGACCAAAUUAGUUCGCCUGUCGCACAUGACUGUUCGGGACUAUCUCACCUCAGACCAUGCACGAACGAUUCUCAUGGAUGCUAUGGAGCCGGUGAAAGCCAAUACAGUAAUAGCUGCGACUUGUCUUCGAUAUGUUCUCCAUCUGGAGCAACACUCUACGGAAUCCUGUCUCUAUCUCGAGUUCCCUCUCGCGUCCUAUGCAGCGCAGGAGUGGCCAACACAUGCUCAGGUUGCAAGUGACGAGCCGCAAGAUCUCCUUCCACUCCUUGAAGACCUGUUCCUCCGCGAAAAGGCAUUUUCCAAGUGGGCCCAACUGUUCAGGGUUCCCCUCCCAGAAUGCCAACCGAGAAGAACUUUCGGCUGGGAGAGAUACUCCGCCUCGAUAAUCGACUCGCCCAGGCUCCUGGUCCGUAGAGAACCUCUGCUCACCGUGGGCCGAAAACGAUUUUCCACAACAACAACCUGCUCCCCCCUGUUUUAUGCAUGUUUCAUCGGCUUGGCCCCAGCUGUCUCGCUUAUACUAGAGAAAGGCGCAGAUCCCAACGUGUACUGCGACGCCUACGGUGGCAGUCCACUUGAGAUAGCCUCACAUCUAGGCCAUGAAGCGGUUGUACGAGAACUGCUUGCCAAAAGGGCUAAACCAAACCACUGUGGGAGUCACCAUGGGACUGCUCUCCAGAGAGCCGUAUUCGGCGGCCACGAGGCUAUUAUACACAUUCUGCUGGCUGCCGGCGCAAAUCCCAACCUCACCCCAUCUGGGUACGCAACUCCCAUCGAGGUCGCCCUCUCCAUAGGCCAUGAGAACAUCGCGAUUCUCUUGCUCGACCACGCCGCAGACCCAGAUACACACUGCGGCAAGUACGGAAGCGCGCUAAAUGUGGCUCUGAUGCUCGAUUCCGCAGCCGUCAUGCAUCACCUCUUGGAAAAAGGGGCCAAUCCAAAUCUGAAUACCGGCCGGUACGGCACGGCGCUUCAGAUCGCAGCUGAGCAGGGGAACGUCCAGGCCGUGCGCGCCCUGCUGAGCAAAGGCGCACGCCCGAGUGUUUAUAAUCCGAAAUUUGACAGCCCGCUCGGGCAAGCGCUAUACCACUCGCAUGGCGAUAUCCUCGAUUUGCUGCUCAAGGCGGGCGCGUAUCUACAACCGCGAGAAUGCGGCAGGGCCCUGGAGCUCGCUGCGUAUGUGGGGAACCAGCCAAUGGUGCGAGCGCUUCUUGUCAAUGGCCUCGAUGUUGACUGCUCGUGUCGAGCGAACUACGAGACGGCGCUGUGGAUGGCGGCGAGCCAGGGACAUGCGGGUAUUGUGCGGUUGCUACUGGCCAAAGCCCCGGCUCGUGGCAUCACAGACCAGUUUCUGGACCUUGCUAGGCUGUGGGCUACAAAGGGGAGACAUUCUGAUAUUGUGCUCUUGCUGGAGACGGGAGCAAUAUAG